AUAUUUAUGUUAUGAUGGCGUUUUGUAUGUCAUGAAAAGUAUUUGUCUAUCAGAUCUUUAUUGUUUUUGUUGCAGCGAUUAGUUAGGAAUCAAUUCAAGAAAUUUUUAUUGAAAUCACCAAUGUGAAACGUUUAAUUUUGUUGAGCCAAAAAAAAAUACUUUAUAUAAUAUCAAAUCACCUUUUUGAUUUGCACUAUAGGUACCUAUAAAUAGUAAAAAACAUGGAUAAAGGAUAUGCGGUUAAUAAAAUUGGACAAGUUGUUGCUGGAGAAUAUGAAAUAUGUCAUGCAGAACUCAUUGGUCAUGGGGCAUUUGCCUGUGUGUAUAGAGGGCGAAAAAUCAAGGACAAAAACUUUCCAGUUGCCAUUAAGGCUAUAACAAAGAAAAAUGUGAACAAAUGCCAGGCAUUACUGAGCAAAGAAAUCAACAUUCUAAAGCAAUUGGCAGAACUCAACAAUCCCAAUCUGGUUUCUAUGAUAAGUUGUGAAGAAACUCCCUCCCAUGUCUUUCUAGUUAUGGAGUUCUGUAAUGGUGGAGAUCUCGCAGAUUAUUUCAUAGUAAAGAAAACAUUGAGUGAGGAUACGCUGAGGAUAUUUCUGUUGCAAAUAGCGAGUGCUAUGAAAGCCUUGAGGACCUUAGGAAUUGUACAUAGAGAUCUCAAACCUCAAAAUAUCCUAUUAUCUUUCGAUCCGGCUAUCUCAAAUCCACAGCCUUAUCAAAUAACCCUCAAGUUAGCUGAUUUUGGCUUCGCGCGCACCCUUGAGGAGGGAGGAAUGGCUGGUACAUUGUGCGGAAGCCCCAUGUACAUGGCUCCAGAAGUUAUAAUGUCCCUUCAGUAUGAUAGCAAAGCGGAUUUGUGGAGUAUAGGGACCAUAGUUUAUCAAGCCCUCACCGGGAAGCCUCCUUUCAGCGCUCCUAAUCCACAAGCUCUCAAGAACUAUUACGAGAAGACUUUGAAUCUCUUGCCAAAGAUGCCAAGCUCUACCAGUCCAGAGCUUCAAGAUUUCCUCACUAGACUCAUGAAGAGGAAUCCUAAGGAACGUUUGAGUUUCGAUGAGUUCUUCAAUCAUCCGUUCUUACAGAGAGAUCAGAACCAGAAAAAGAGUCCAAUACCUGGCGAGAAAUGUAGUAAUACCCCUUGGUAUUAUUCUUUUUUACCAGAUUUUCCCCUGCCGCUCUUCGAACCGUCGCCAGUGAGUUCAAGAGCGUCGCCGGUGAGUGCUAGAUCAUCACCGAAUCACUCCAAAUUACCCACGAAAAAUGCCAGUCCAUCAAGGGUGUCGUCUUCUCCCCAGCCAGAAGUUUCUAAAAGUACACUGAGCACAAGUCUAGACGAAGAUUACGUUAUUGUUCCCAAAAAUAUACCUACCGACCAUUCCACAGAAAGCCUAGAAAAAGAAAGGGGCACUGUACCGAAAAAAACUCAGUCGCCUUGCGAGCCAGAAAAUUCUAAUUCGAGUCCGCCCAGGCCUUCUACGUUACCUGUUGCAUCGCAACCUAUACCAACACCACAAAGAAACACACGUAUUAGGAGGGAUUCAGAACAGGAAAAGAGAGACAGCGAUCAGUAUUCUUCCAACGGUCCGAGUGUUGUUCCGAGGUCUGCGCCCAUUAAUAUGGUAAGGCACGAGAGCAAGCCCGAAAUCGAUAUAGACAUCAGUUCUUUGUCGCCACCAUCAGUGAAGUUCAUGAUAGGCACUCCACCUGGCGGUAGAAGGCGGUCAACGUCGAGCGGUAGCUAUUCGGAAACCCCGCCUCCUACGAUCUGGAACGGAUCUGGCAGUCGAAGCGGACUGUCUAAUUCUCCGCUGAGGCGAUCCGUUUCUUCUCAAGGUACGUCCCCACCGGGAUUCAGCAAUGCCCUGGCCAGAGUACCGAUGCUCAGCGCUCCGAAUCUGAGCGAUAACAACAAUCCCGCUAAAGGGCCCAUUUUCUCGACGCGAGCCAUGACCCUUCCCGAAAUUUCAGAAAUAGGUAACAUGCAUUCCCUAUACAAUGAUAACGAUCAUCCAAUUCAAUUUGUAGCGCCUGAAUUGCCAGAGGAAACCUUACUUGGGAAAGAACACAACGAGACUUUGGCUAAAAUCAAUUACGUCCUUGCUUUGAGCAACUGCAUCUUGUCGAUUGCUGCCCAGAAAUCUGCAACGCCCUUGAUCUCGUUGUCAGAUUCCGCCAUCAGCAAUACGAACACGUUAGAACAGAAAAUGGAACAGAUCAUCUUGCAAAUCAGGGUUUUACAAUUGUUGAGUUCCGGACUCACCCUUGCCAGCAAACAGAUACGGGCGGGUGUUUUAAAACCCAGUUCCAACGUGAAAAAGGUUGUUACCAUCUUGAAUCAGAAAUUCAAGGAAACCUUAUCUGCGUGUAGGCAAUUGAACAGGGAUGGCCUCAUUUCGAAGAUCAAAACUCCCGAGUUUACCGUGGACACUAUUCUCUACGAGCACGCAGUGCAAAUGUGCCAGAGUGCAGCGACUGAUGAAUUACUUGGCAAGGGCCAACAUUGCGGUGAAAGAUAUCAGACGGCUCAGAUAAUUUUACACAGCCUGUCCCAACAAAUAAAUUCGCCCUGCGAUCAAGAAAAACUGACGGAAUAUAAAGAAGCUGUAGAAAGACGUCUUCGAGUUCUCCAACAACAGGGUUUGAUUUAUACCACCGACUUCAGUUAGGUGAUAUAAUUUCUGAAAUAAAGUCCGAAUACGAACGCUACAUAUUGCGCCGUCAUCAAAAUAAAUUGUUCUUACCUCUCAUGUAACUGCUGCAAUAGCCUUUGGUUAGAUCCGCCAUAAAUUAUUGACCAGGUGUUUAAUCUUUUACGACGAUAAGCGAAAAAUUAUUUAAGUCAGAAAAAUUCGAGGAUGAUGCAUGUUGGUCCUUUUUCGUUUAUAUAUUAAGUUCAAUUUGAAUUAUUUAUAUCCUAUAAUAAUUUGAGAUUAUUGAAAUAUAAUUUUUCAUAUUUUUUUCAUAUUCUAUAUGAAACAAUAAUUUGUUAAAUAUACAAUUUAUUUUAAUUUUAUAAUGAUUGUUUUUAGCUAAAAUCAUCGAAAUCGUUGAUGGAAAAAUAACUGUUUUCAUAUGUGAAUACUAAAUUUGAAUUAUUAAAGUGAACUCUGAUAAACCUUUUCCGUAUUCCUCCCUAUUUUUUAACAAGCCUAAUAUUCUGAAUUUUGUUAUGUCCCUAGAAUUUAAUUCUCAAGAAAACCACUCAAUAAUAUGCAGAAUAUUCGAAACGAAGGUAUUCAUAAUAGAAGUUUCUCAAUUGAGAUAAUUUUUUUAUCUGCCUGAAAACUAUGCUAUACAAUAAUUUCGAGUCAAAAAUAGAUGCGGGUUUGAAGAAAAAAUAUUAUUGGUGAAAAUAUAUGAUUCUACUGGGAAACACCAAAGGGACAUUUCUGUGAAAUAUAUGUAGAUAGUAUUGAAGUGUAAAUAUAUUUGAUGUGAUAAGUCCCUCCUUGACUUCGUUAACUAUGUAUAAUCUCUGUGAGUUGUGAGAAAUGAGAAAUCCCUUAUUGCAAAUAUUCAUCAAUUGUAAAAUCUGCUUUCCUCAAAAUCCUUUAAUUUUUUAGGGGUGUAUUGGUUUGAUAUCUUGGUGCUGAUAGUUUCAUUUACAUAUCAUGGUCAUAUGUUAAAUUUGAUGAUUAUGUUGCAUGGAAAAUUUUUACUUGUCCCAUAAUAUCCAUUUCAAUAAUAGUUUCUAAUGAUACGUAAAUCCUCUUUACAGCAAGUAUUGAUGAAUUAUGUGAUAACCCUAUUAUUUUGACAGCUCCUCAAUGGAUACAUUGUACCUUAUAUUAACGUUUCAUGUAAAUUGAAUUCUAAUAAAUCUGAUGUAAAA